CCACGAGCUCCUGCCCCAGCUGCCCAGCCUGCCCUUCCCCGAGCACUGGAACCCCUUCCCCAAUCUCUCGAGUGCCGGAGAGGUGCCUGCCAGCUCCCUACGCCCCGGGGGUGGGCAGACCCCAGUGCUUUAUAGGGGCCUUUGUUUCAGUUUGAAUAGCGAUGUUUCUGGCCUUAGCAGCCCUCUGCUGUGUCUGCAUCCCACCUUUUACCUCGACACCACCGUAUGGGCACACACGUGCGUGGUUAAAGAGGAGUAGUUCUCUUUCCGUCUUUUUCUCCACUGUUACAAAGAGCUUUGGUUUCUUCCCACGGUUCUUAGAAAAAAGCCAGUGCUGAAGUGGAGAGGAUUAGAGUGCUAGAGGGGAGAUACGGCCCCUUCUUGCCUUCCCAUGCUAACCAGCAUCACUGUACUUACGGCAGCACUGUACAAAAAGCAGCACUGUGCUUCACUGAAUCUCCAGCACUGCCUAGCAGUUUAGUUGAACACACGAAGUUUGGGCUCAUGACACUGGGGUAGCAGAGGAAGAAAGGAGAUGAUGUAGCUCGUCCAGAUGCUGCCUCUUGGGCAGAGAAAGACGCUGCUUGAAAUUAUCGGAGGAUAUUGAACACCUUGACUCUGAAGCAGCAGCAGUCUCGCUCUGAUGUACCAAAAGGUGGUGCUGUCACUUUUACUGUAUGGACUCUUGCUCAGUAGCAUGGGAGAAGAGGAAGGACUGCCUCAAACACAAUUCCUGGACACAAUGUUUGUGCGAGGAUUAAAGAGAAAAUGUUUUGAUGGUGAAGAAGAUAUUGAAGGGACUCUGGCUGGUAUUAAGGCUAUUCCUUCCUAUAAUCUCCAGCGGCAGUCACUUUUAGAUAUGUCCUUGGUUAAACUUCAGCUGUGUCACAUGCUGGUGGAACCCAACCUUUGUCGUUCAGUACUUAUAGCCAACACGGUACGGCAGAUCCAAGAGGAAAUGACUCAAGACGGGACUUGGCAGAUGAUAAAUACCCAGAGUACAGGGCAGGCCUCCCUAGAUCGUCUUGUUUCAACAGAUAUCCUCUGUCGUUCAUCUAGGGAUCAAGCUGAGGGAAAGCAUGUUCCAGCCUAUGGUACUUUCAGUAAAGACUUUGAGAGUGACCAGGCACAGGAUAGUUCAGAAACUAUGUCAACAGCCUCUUCAGUGCAAGCACCAAGAAACCUGCAAAGCAACAUGUGGGAAAUGGAGAAUACACAAGAAAAUAAAGGAAACUUUCAAAAAUCUCUAGAUCAAAUAUUUGAGACACUGGAGAAUAAAAGUCCUAAUUCCGUUGAAGAUCUGUUUUCAGAAGUUGACAAUUCUUAUUAUGAUCUUGAUACUAUGCUAACUGGCAUGAUGAGCAACACAAAAAUGGGACACUGUGAUAGUCUUGAAACAUUUUCUUCUCCAACAAAUACAGCUUCUAACUCUAAUUGUAAAUCUGAUCUUAAUGACCUUGAUCAUAUUGUGGAAAUCCUUGUUGAAUCCUGAACCUCCUUGUGUAGGAGAUAAAGAUCUGUUAAUGGGAAGAAAAGACUUGAGAAAGCAGUUUCCACAGUUUGUUCUAUGAAAUCUGCACGAGUAUUUUACAAAUAUCUAUAUAUUAUAUAGAUAUAUAUAUUUAAAAGCACUUCAUAUUGCAAAAUAAUGUUAACUCUUAAAGUUAACCUGCAACUUGUAGUGUAAUAAUCUGAUUUAUCAUCCACUGAACUGUAAGUACGUAUGGUAAAUGCUUUUAUGUUGGGGGUCCGUGGCUCUUGAAAUUGGGUUCCUUUUACCAAUUUGUUUUAGCCUUUGAUGGAGGAUAUCCUCAGGAAGAGAGAUUCCCUUAUCUUCUUAUACUUCUCCCAUAAAAAUGGUAAUAAACAGAGAAGCUGGAUAACUGGUUUCCUGUUUUCCUCCAGUUUCCACUUUUUUACACCACAAAACUCCUACCAUACCUGCUGCUUCUCUUUUAAAUUGCUACAUGGCUCUUAAAGAGCAGUAUGCAAUAGUUCUUAUUAUCCUUGCUAGCUUCUUCUGGGUUUUGAUAGAAUUUUUACUUCAAAUAUAGUUUUAAAGUGUUUAUUGGUGUUUAGAUUUUUCCAGGUAUUUUCCUAAAAUAUAUUUUUUACUACAGAUGUUAUGUCAGCUGCUAACUUAGUAACUUUUGAUUAUAUCUGCAGUUGAUGUAUUUUUUGCAAGAUUUUCAAAAAGGGAUUUUUUUUUUUACCAUGAGCUACCCAAUGUAGUUCAGUAAAGUGUAUGUAAAUGUAAAUAUAACAUUUUAUACUUUGCAUUAAAAUGUAAGAGCAGUUUUCAUGAUUCUUUUAUAGAGUAGUACUUUAAUAAAUUGAGAAUUGUACAUUUAUGCUUUUCAUACCCACAUACUUGAGUAUCAUUCUAGGAAGAACUAUCAUCCAGCUAGACACAAUUACACUUAAUUCAUUUCAGACCAUACUUUUUGUUAACUACAAACCUAAAUGAUGUAGGUUUUUAUUUAUGUGUAUUUAUAUGUAAAUGUCAUCAAGUGAAUUGUUUAUCAUUGAAGUCUACCAUCAAAUAUUUGUUUAUAUGGGAUAACUAUCUUGCACUAAUUACUACAAAAAAUGUUAUUAGUGGCCUUUAAGUCUCACUGGUUGGUAUGUCAUGAUGUCUUGUCAUAAUUAAUAUGCUCCACUCUUACCAAGGUUUUCUUCUUGGCUUUUUUAAAUAACAAAAAAAUGUAAUACAA